GCCUGCAGGAAAUACUCACUUGGUCUGUGUGAAUAUUGCAGUGUUUGAUGGUGGACUCCUCUGCUCAGUAACAUGGACUGUCCCCCCUUGCAGCUCAGCGUUAUGGGCCUGAAACCAGCAGAUGUUGUUUUUUCAUGAGUAAAGCUCUGAAUCUGAGUCUGAACUGCAGCUGCUUCUUAUUGAAUCCUGACCCUCAGUGUCUGUUUGAAUUCUCAGAGUUGCUAAAAUGCCUUUCAUGCCGGUGAAGUUCAACCUGCAGAAGCGGGUCAAGCUGGCUCAGGGUCUAUGGAUGCUCUACUGGUUUUCAGUCAUCGCAGGGAUCCUCAUCUUCAGCCUCGGCAUCUUCUUCAAGAUUGAGCUGCGGAAGAGAAGUGAGAUGAUGGACAACAACGAGAGCCACCUGGUGCCCAACCUGCUGAUCCUGGCGGGAUUGCUGGCUUGCGGCCUUAAUGCCUUCGGAGGGAAGGUGUGCCAUGACUCUCUGGAUCCCAUCAAGUUCUCCAAUUGGAAGCCGAUGUUGAAGACAUAUUUGCUGCUGUGCUGCGGCUUCAACGUGUUGCUGGUACUCGUGUCGCUGCUCUGCUUCCUUAUGCAGUUCUCCGUAUACCUGACACUGGCCGAGGGCCUGAGUUACGCCAUCCGGUUUUACAAGGACACGGACACGCCAGGGCGCUGCUUCAUGAAGAGGACACUGGACUUGACGCAGAUCGAGUUCCACUGCUGCGGGAACAACAAUUUCAGGGAUUGGUUUGAGGUUCAGUGGAUCAGCAACCGCUACCUGGAUAUGAGCAACGAUGUGGUCAAAGAUCGAGUCCUCAGUAACGUGGAGGGGAAGUAUCUGAUGGACAGCGUCCCAUUCAGCUGCUGUAACCCCGGGUCCCCCCGGCCCUGCAUCCAGCACCACCUGACCAACAACUCUGCCCAUUACGACUAUGACCACCGCACCGAGGAGCUCAACAUCUGGACCCGGGGCUGCCUUGGGGCCCUCUUCUCCUAUUACAGCAGCCUGAUGAGCAGCAUUGGUGGUUUUGUCCUCUUUGCCAUCAUCCUGGAGUCUGUGGACAUGGCAGGGCUGAAGUACUUGAGCACAGCGCUUGAGACGAUGGCAGAUCCGGAGAACCCCGAGUGUGAGAGCGAGGGCUGGCUGCUCGAGAAGGGCGUCAAGGAGACGUUCAGCGAUCUGCUCACCAAAUUGAAGACCCUUGGGAGGACCAACCAGGUGGAAGGCGGAGAUGCUCCAGAGGCCAACACCUGAUAGCCGAACCCACCACAGAGGACUGAGGUCUCCCCUUCUCUUCACCCCCCUCAAAUGCCAUCUCUCCCCCCAUAAGAGGGAGAAAAGAACUUUAUAUAAGCCACACAUGCACAUUAAUGUGAACAUUUGAAGUUCCUGUGAAUGUCGAUAUUUUCUGUAAAUAUGUUAAACAGAGUUUAUUUUUAAAAAUGAGGAACGUGCUCCUGUAAUUAAAACAUCAUCACCCCUCUCAGAGUAGCAGUUCCUGUCAGGCGGCGGUUAGACCGUCAGACAGCAUCGGGUCCCAGCGAGUCUAUGUGUGUCUGAGUGUUGCAGUUCCGUGUUUGUCCAGCAGGGAGCACACAGCCAAGACAGCACGGAUCCAUCGACGUCAUCAUUAGUGUAAAAAGAUCAACCUAGUCAUUAUUUCUUACAUCCAGAUGUUUGAAUGUGUGUCAUUUCUGCCGGCUUUAACAUGAGAGAACAAACCACUAAGCAGCACCAACGUAGCAGUGCUGCCAUCUGUGAGAGCAGGCAGCAAUGACAGAGGUUCAUACACAGCAGCAUAACACCUGUAUAAAACUCCUGUCAGUACAGAGGCUCAGAUGGUGUUCACACAGCUGUAUCGCCUGUAUACGAAACAUGCAGGUGUAUAUACAGGUGUAAAGUUAAUGUAACUGAUGUAGGACUAACAGAAACGGCACAUCUUACAUUAUUAUAAGGCCGGUGUGCACAGGUGUAUACAGAGCUAAACACAUAAACUACAGUUAUAAAAAUGAUCAUUUGUCAGUUUGAUGUGGUCGUUAUUUUUCUUCUUUAAAUGUCAACAUCUUAUCACGUCUUUGUUGAUAAAUGGCUACCGAAUGCUUCACCUUAACACAAA